AUGAGUGAACAAAACAGUGUUGUUCUUUUCGGACUAACUGGGACUGGAAAGUCUACUAUUUCUAACAUGCUGAUUCAAGGCGACAUUCAUGAUGAAAAGAAUGCGUUCAAAGUAAAUGAUGCUGCAGUUGGUGUUAGUUUUAAUAUCAAUUGUAGCUCUAAUGAAAAAUUUAUAGUUUACGAUACGAUUGGAGUAGGUGAACCAUUUGAUGGAACGGUUCCGCAUCAAAAGGCUGUAAAUGAGCUGAGAAAUUACUUUUCUACAUGUCAGGUGCCACUAAACUAUAUUGCCUACGUUAAAAAGAAGGGUAGAAUUACCGAUGAUGAUCAUAAACAGUUUAAAAUACUUAAAGAAAUCUUUGAGGGAGAUUAUCCGAUUAUUCCGGUUGAUUUUCCUUGGAGUGAAGAUGAUGAUGAAAGUGAUGCUGUCAAUAAUGGAUAUAAAAGAAGUCUAAGUCUGCAACAUUUAAUUGUCGAGCUUUCUAAUUUAAGUGUUAGACCAAAUCAAGAACAACAAUUAUUAUCGAAAAGUGCUCAUGAUUGUCGAAUUUAA